AUGAAAACCAAGAAAUUGCACCAUUUAGAGCUUGAGGUGAUGAAAGCGGUCUGGAAACAGGGAGAAGCGACGGUUAACGAUGUCUUGGAUAACAUUGACCGGAAACUUGCAUAUACCACCGUUGCCACCACCAUGAAAAGCCUCGAGAAGAAAGGUUUAUUGUCGCAUCAAGUUGAUGGCAGGACCUUCGUAUACCAACCAUUGGUAAACGAAGCGGAUAUUACCCACUCCAUGCUCAACGAUUUGCUGGAAAACCUUUUUGACAACUCAGCCGAAAAACUGGUGAACACACUACUUGAAGUUCGACAAACCAGUUCGGCAGAGCUCAACCGUUUACAAGAACUGAUUAAUGACUACCAACCGGAGACGGAAGAAUUAUCAGGAACUCAGUACGCCAAAGGAGGAACCGAUGACUAA